GUCGCCUNGAUUGCCUUUGUCAGUUUUCUCCAAUCCCGUAUCGGGACAUCCCUACUUCACUGACAGAGUUUGGUUGAAAAUCAUCGUCAGCAUGAGCAAAGCAAACGAAUCAUCCGGGUCGAAAGAGGAAGACCAUGCGGAAAGACUGUCCAAGCUUUACUUGUGUAGAGACACAGGCAAACCAAGAACUUUGAUAAUUCCUCUAAACCAAGUUUUAAGAAAAGAAGGCUUUCGCUGUUUGUCCUAUGGCAAUCAGUCAAAGGCAUACCAACACCAUAAAGUGAUUAUGCUAGUUGGUGCAACAGGUGCCGGUAAGAGUACCCUGAUCAAUGCGAUGAUAAAUUACAUCAUUGGGACAAAGUGGAAUGAUGACUAUCGAUUUAAGAUUGUAGAUGAAGUACAGUCGUAUUCACAGGCUCAUAGUCAAACACAAAUUACAACUUUAUAUACAAUCCACAGAAACAAACACCAUACCAUCCCGUACACACUGACAAUCAUUGACACACCUGGGUUUGGAGAUACAAGAGGUAUUGAGCGCGAUAAAGCAAUCGUUCAUCAGAUCCGUGAGUUUUUCUCCCAUCCUGAAGAUCACCAUGUGGAUCAUCUCGACGCGGUGGGCUUUGUAGCGAAAUCAACCGACGCUCGUCUCACCCCCACUCACAAAUACAUCUUUGACUCUAUGUUGGCUUUAUACGGCAAAGAUAUUGAGCCGAACAUAAUGCUUCUUGCUACAUUUAGUGACAAAGCUCGCCCAAAGGUUAUUUCUGCAUUAAGGGAGGCAGAAAUUCGUUGUGAGGACAACUUGUUUAAGUUUAAUAACUCAGCACUAUUUGCCACGAAUGUUGAGACUACAGAAAGUGACACAGAUCAAGAUGAUCUUGCUAUUCAUCACGCGUACUGGAAAAUGGGAAUGAAGAAUAUGAAGUCAUUUUUUGAGUCUCUUGAACGACUUGAACCGGUAAGCAUCUUUCUUACAAAGGAAGUCCUCCUUGAGCGUUUACGUUUAGAGAAUAUCUCUGAACAUCUGUAUCAGCAGAUUCAAGCCAUAAACACAAAGGUUGGGCAAAUGAAGAGAGACAAGAAGAUGCUCGAGUCUCAGCAGGGUAAAACGGCGCAGAAUGCACCUUUUCCAAUCCCAUGUUAUGCUAAAACAUUUGAGUGGGUUGAGACAGAAAAAAAAGCGAUGAACUGCACCACAUGCGAAUAUACUUGUCACUUCCCUUGUUCACGUAUGAAAAUAUCAAAUUACCAGUGUCGAGUUUUUGACAUUAAAGGGAAGUGCACAGUAUGUCCAAGAAAGUGCAAAACACGUGACCACAGCAUGCAGUCGGUGCGUAAGAAACCUCAAUUGGUGAAGAAGAUGAUGACAUACAAAGAUAUAAAGGGUCGAUACGAGAAAGCAGCCGGUCGGGAGCUGUCCGUCCAGGAGGUAAUCCAAGAUCUCAAAACAGACAUUCAGGAUCACUUUCAGUGUCUACAAGGCUUGAACUUUGAGGCUGCUAGUUGUAUGCGACGUCUUCAAGAAAUCGCCCUUAAGCCUCAGAUAAGUGUGAAAGACCACUUGGAUAUGUUUAUCGAGAGAGAAAAGAAAGAUCAAGAGUUGGGUUGGGAAGAUAGAGUGGCAGAACUUGAAAUAGUAAAAAGUCGUCAUGAAGCGUUGGAGUGUGGCGGAGGCGUAAAAUACAAGGCAAGAGUUCUCGAAACUAUUAUGAACUAAAUUUAGCUAGACGUGGAAAACAUGCGAACAAAUCAAUUCAGCUC